GCGCAGGAGCUCCUAUUCGCAGAGCGGGUUUACGCCCGGUUGUGCGCGUGCGGGCCCGCGCCGCCUUAGGAGCGUGCGCUACGCGAUUUGCGCGGCGUUAUUGUGAAUGGCGGGGGGGAAGGCGGGGUGGAUUCUAUGCCUUGUAUGCAUGCAUGCAUGUAUGUGAGUGUGUGUGGUAGUUGGUAGUGGCGGCGGCGGCGGCGGCGGCGGUGGGAGGAGGAUGAUGUCAGCCUGCGAAUGUCAACAAUGUAGCGAUUGAGGGGAGUAGGCGGCGUUCCAUUGGGAAGAGCGCGAGCCACCGGGAGAGUCAGUGGAACCAACAGGACGGGGGCAGCAGCCGCAGCCGCAGCAGCAACAAUACGACGCCGCCGGGCUGCGAAGAAGCGCGGAGCUGCCGCCGCCUCCGCCACCGCCUUCGCCUUGUGCACAGAAGCCCCCGAGCGCUGCAGCUGCAGAGCAAGCCCUGCGUGGCUCCCCCCUGCCACCUCUCUCUCUCUGCCUCCCCCCACAUCCCUUUUCGCCGUUGCAGCCUCUUCUUCCUCCACCACCACCACCACCCUCUUCCACUUCCCCGCCCCCUCCCUUUUAUAUGUCUAUAUCCAUUUCUGUCCCCCCCUCCUUUUAUGUCUAUGUAUAUGCAUGCCUAUAUGCGCGUGUACAUAGGCAUAUCUAAAACUCCUCCUGUGCAAGACUUCGCUUCGCGAGGCAGCUGGCUGUUGUUGUUUCCAUUUCAUUUUAUUUUUUGAUCGGAGAGCAAGUCGGUAUGUGACCGGCGCCUUCUUUGAGGCGCACAUUUUUCUACAGACCACCUCAGCGGCCACCGCGAGAGCCCUCAGCGAGAUCCAGUUUGUUUUGCUUUUUUUAAAAGACAUAUAUAGAUAGAUAUAUUUCGCCCCCUUCCCGACGUUGGCAGGGAAAGGACCGGUCGCUUGUCGAAAGUUGCGUGGAUGAGAAGGUUGCCACCAGAGAAGUUGAGCUGCCAGAAGCUUGCCCUGUGAAUCUUCAGGCGUUCUUAUCUUAAUGGAUUGCUGCAACCUACUAAUCUCUCCAUUUGUCCACUUCCCUGUUUCGUGAGAAUAUUAGCCAGCACAGAUCCUGGGAAAGUUACAUGGUGUGAACGGAAUGUCUGUGGAUGAGAAGACUGAAUCCCCCAUGUAUGUGUAUGAGUCAACAGUCCAUUGUACCAAUAUCCUCCUGUGCCUCAAUGACCAGCGGAAGCAGGAUAUUCUCUGUGAUGUGACUUUGAUUGUGGAGGGGAAAGAGUUCCGAGCCCACCGGGCUGUGCUGGCUGCAUGCAGCGAAUACUUCUUGCAGGUGUUGGUCGGGCAGACAGAAAAUGAUCUGGUGGUCAGCCUGCCAGAGGAGGUCACUGCCAGGGGAUUUGGCCCAUUGUUACAGUUUGCCUACACUGCUAAGCUGUUACUCAGCAGAGAAAACAUACGAGAGGUCAUCCACUGUGCAGAGUUCCUGCGCAUGCACAACCUGGAGGAUUCUUGCUUCAGCUUCCUUCAAACGCAACUCCUGAACAAUGAAGAUGGCCUGUUUCUGUGCAAAAAAGACACCACCUACCAGCGGAUGCAUGAAGACGAGAACUCCGAGGGAGAAGAGGAGGAGACAAUGGAGUCGGAGACUUCCAAGAUCUCUUGCCCAAGGGAGAGAACGCACCCAGAGCCCUUUAACUUUGAAUCGGCCAGUUCGGGAGCGGACAAGGAAGAAGGGAUGCUGCCCGACUCUGAUAUCUUGAAUGAUGGCAAGGACAGUUUGGACAAAGAAGCAGUGACACGGUUACCCAGAUAUAAGAAAUACCAGAUGGCUUGUACCAAGAAUGUCUACAACGCAUCACACAUUAGUACCUCAGGUUUUGCAAGCACAUUCAGUGAAGAAAGUUCUGGCGAUAGCCUCAAGCCAGAGCUUCCUGUAGGGCAAAUUAAAAGUGAGCCUAGGAGUGAGGAGAAUGAUGAAGAAAACAUCACGCUUUGCCUCUCUGGAGAUGAGCCUGACAUCAGGGAUAAAGAGGGGGAUGUUGAAAUGGACCGGAAGCAGCCAAGUCCCACCGGAGCUGACGGGUCUAAAAGUGUUUCCUCCCCUUCCUGCCUAAGGUCUUUCUUCAACCGAACAAAAAAUGUAGACUUAGUUGGCUUCCCCAGUACUUCCCAACAGCACUUUGCCAGGAGUCCAGCAUGCCCUUUCGAUAAGGGGACAACUCAGGGUGACCACAAAACUGAUUAUGUCCCUUUCACAGGGAAUUAUGGACUCUCCCAAGCUGUUCAGAAGGAUGCUUCCAAUUUUACCGUGGGAUCGCCUCUCAGGGGCCCUGGCUUUGUUGAAGGUCUCUGUAAGCAGGAAGGUGAGGUGGACAGGAGGAGUGUUAUAUUCUCUUCAAAUGUUUGUGACCAAGUAAACACUUCGGUGCAUUCAUAUUCUGGCAUGAGCAGCUUGGACAAAGAUCUCACCGAGACUGUGCCAAAGGGUCUCUGGGCAGGAAGUAGCCAGUCCCUUCCCAGUUGCCAGACCUAUUCUCACAUUGGACAGGCAGCUGAUCUCUUACCAGGACGGAUGCGGCCGAACACCAGCUGCCCAGUGCCAAUUAAAGUUUGCCCUCGCUCUCCUCCACUAGAAACCAGAACGAGGACCUCCAGCUCAUGUUCCUCCUACUCAUACGCGGAGGAUGGCAGCGGGGGUUCGCCAUGUAGCCUCCCUCUCUGCGAGUUUUCAUCUUCCCCCUGUUCCCAAGGAACUCGGUUCCUGACCGCUGAGCAUCAGGAGCCGAGCGUGAUGGGAGAUGGAAUGUACAACCAAGUCAGACCCCAGAUAAAAUGUGAGCCAUCCUAUGGAACAAACUCUAGCGAUGAGUCUGGAUCGUUCUCUGAAGCAGACAGUGAAUCAUGUCCUGUGCAAGACAGAGGACAUGAGGUGAAACUUCCAUUUCCUGUAGAUCAAAUCACGGAUCUUCCAAGGAAUGAUUUCCAGAUGAUGAUAAAGAUGCACAAAUUAACCUCAGAGCAAUUGGAAUUUAUCCAUGAUGUUCGGCGGCGCAGUAAAAACCGGAUUGCAGCUCAGCGUUGCCGUAAGAGAAAACUGGACUGUAUUCAGAAUUUAGAAUGUGAAAUCCGCAAGUUGGUUUGUGAGAAGGAGAAACUUCUAUCAGAAAGGAACCAAUUGAAGGCAUGCAUGGGGGAGCUGUUAGAUAAUUUCUCCUGCCUUUCCCAAGAAGUGUGUAGGGAUAUGCAGAGCUCCGAACAGAUCCAAGACCUGCACCGAUACUGCCCUGUCCUCAGGCCUAUGGAUCUUCCAACAGCAACCAGUAUCAACCCUUCGCCAGCCGGAGUAGAGCAAAAUGUGGUGACAUCUCAGUGUGUUGGGGAAGGCUUGCAGUGCUGUUCGGAGCAAAGCCCAGUGCAGCAACUAGGAGCUCACUGGCUACCUAACAACAUUUCUGACAAAUGCGCAGCGGCAAGAGUAUUGGAUGGAGCUGACCAAGGUACUUACUGCGAACAGGAGCUCCCUCUCGAGCAGAAUAACCAAACGGUGACAGUGGACUUCUGUCAGGAAAUGACUGAUAAAUGUACAACAGAUGAGCAACCUAGGAAGGAAUACACCUAGUGGCUGUAUACCUUUUUCACGCCAUGCCUAGCAAGGUAUUCUUCAGUCAGCCAGUGGCCACGUUCGUUUGUUGUUUAGAUUGAAGAACAUAUUUGGUGCACACUACAGUGGUCUUAGCAGCAAUACUGUUUUUAAGUAUUCCCUCCUCUCUACAUGCGGGAGUUUAACUUCUUCACUAUGGUGCUAUCCCUUGCUCAUGCAGGGGAACAAAACAGUGGCAACACUGUCUGUUUCUUUUUUAUUGUUGUUGUUAUUGUUGUUGUUAUUGUAUUUUAAUUUCAAUAUUCAACAGGGAUGGACAUAACACCUCUGAGGACCCAAACGCAGCUUUUUUCUCAGUGGCCCAUGUCACAAAACCCUAACUCAGGAAUUUCCUCUGAAUGUUCAAUUUUUCAUUGAAGACAGCUUCUUUACACAUCAAAGUUUUAUAACUAAACUGUACAUACUAUAUAUAGUAUAUAUAAAAAUAUAUAUCCAUAUGCAAAAAAAAUCCCUGCAUGCCUCAAUUUUUUCUCAUGAAAACAACUGGAAUUUUUUUUCCAUUUCUAUUGUAUAAACAAAUUCCAACAUUCCUUUUUUUUUUUUUUUUUUUGUCAAUGCUAGGUAGUAGUUUGUAACUGUUUUUAAUAUUUUCUCACCACCACUUAGGUUCACGGUUCAGCAAUAUCAUUCAGUUUGUAUUUUAUUUAUAAAGUUUAAUGUUGGAAGCUGAUUUGAAAUUUUAAUAUACACAGUGUUUGUGGCACAGCUGUCUUUUAUGUGCCCAUUUGAGCAAAGUGGGUUUUAUUUGAAUCCUCUCACAAUACUGUACAGCGAUGGUCAACUUUGCCACUUGCACUGAGUUUUGGAUCAAACCCCUUUUCAUAAAUGAAGUUGUGACUUCAGUAUAACUCAUAUACUGUAUUCUUUGCUUUUUUAUUGUUAUCUGUUAAGUAAAACAACAUUUUUUAUAUAAAAAAACAACAACACCACUCAGGAGAUGAUUAUGUAGGGAAAUAACAAUCUUGCCAAAUAUGGAAUUCACCCAAUAGUGUGAAUUGGGUAUUUUCUGUAUUCGUCUUUUUCUUCUUUCUUUUACUUCCCCAAUUCAGAUAUUAAGUCGCUGCUUCUUCUUCUUUCUUUAAGAGGGAUUUUCUAUUUGUCAAGUAUCGUUUGAUACUUACAAAGACACCUUAAAAACUGUACAGUGGCCAGUGUAUGUCACUGAUAUUGAGAACUAUAGCUAAAGACACAGGCUGUUUACGUUGGUGAACAUAGUUCCAUGAGACUCAGUGAAGUUUGAAUUAAGCUUCCCAUUGCAAUUCUUGCUUAUUUAUGUCGUACUAGUGCUGUUCAUCCCUUCCAAUAGUCCUAUUGGCCUCAGUGUGUAAUUCUGCUGUACACCAUGUUAUGCAGGUGUUAACAGCAGUGUUUCACUACACUUGCUUCCUAUUUACACUGGCAUUUGUUCAACUCUAACUCAGCUCCACAAAAGUAUGAGAAACUGUCUACGUGAAAGGUUUCCAGGACUGGCCCUGUAAUAUAGAGAUGUAGAGGCUUGCUUAGAGCAAUCUCUACCCCAAAGUGCUAAAAAGCAUGCAUUUCUGCAGUGAUUCUGCAGUGAUUGCCCAUGUGUCGGAAAUAUUGUGCUGUCAGGUUCCCUCAGUUUGCAUUAUUUUUAUCAGCACAAAGCAGCAUCUGUCUCAGAGGAAACUUUGUUGGAGGACAAGUUUCAGAAGUACUGAAACUCAAGGAAAUUCACAAAACUCCAGCUGACCUGACUCGCAUGGUGAUUGUGCAAGGCAAGCUUCUUUCAGAUGUAACAUCUGCCCAACAAACACAUGGAAACAACUCUUCAGGGAAUGGGUGGGCACAAUCCACCAGGACUUUUCCUACACCAUUUUUAUUGUGAUUGAUGGGAAUUGCUCAAGAGAAAUGCUUUUGCAUAACAUCCAAAGAUUUCAAGGAGGUUUUUUUGUAGAAUACUUUUUCCCUCAUCACCUUAUCCCUGAUGGAUUGUGUCCUCUGUUUUGUUUUGUUUUUAAAGUGACUUUCUAUCUUGAUUGUGCCAGGGUGCUUUGAGCUAUAUUUUAUGAUGGCAUCUAUGGUUUACAGAUUGGUACUGUUCACCUUUUCUGUGGGUAAAACCAUAUUGAGCCACCCCAUGUGAUUCAAACAGGUUUUUCCCCCCUAUUAACUAUGACAAUAUGUUUCUCAGUGCUAAUGUUUACACUAAGCGGUAUGGCACUCAGUAAAUCUGCAUUGUUUUUCUAAAGGAUGAAUUGACACCCUCUUUUUUAUCAGCUUAUGCAGACAGCUUGCCAGUCCUGUUUCUUCUCUGUACUUCAAAUUCACUGCAACUUACCUGCCAACCAGGAGGCGUAUCCAUUGCAUGUGCCACAUUUAUUUACUAGGAAGGGAGGGAUGUUCUUAUGUAGGUUGGAACUGCUAUGUUUUUAAAUAUUAUAAAUUAAGUAUUAACCAUUUCUGUAAAACAAACAAAAACUUACUCUAAUUAUUCAUCUAUUUAUAUAUGUCAUAAGGAUGCUAGUUCAAGCUGUAGGAUGUUUUGGCGCAGGGGUGAGAAAGUCCUUGACUCGCUUUGUAGCUAUUUAAUUAUAUUGGAAGCUUGCAACAAUUCUGUGUGCAGAAAACAGAAGCUCUUUAGGGGGUUAGGGGAUAUGCAACUAUGAGGGGAUUGACUUGUAAUCAGUUGACAUUGCAGAGCCCUUCUGUGCUUUGCAAAUAAAUCUUAACUUCUGUGAGAUGGACAGUGAUGGAAGCUAGAUUUUUUUUUAAAGCUACAUGUGAAUUGCAUUAUGGCUUUAAAGCCAGGUUUUUGCAUUUGAGAUUUUGUUGUUGUAAUCGUUCAGUCGACAGUAUUGUUCAAAUGUUUGUUUUUUUCUGUUGCCUUCUUUAUUUUUAAGUGACCUCCAGCUAGUUGUGGUUUUUAUGGGUAUUCAACCAAGUCUGAGCUAGCUUUCUGACAUGAAGAUUUGCUAUCACACCAACUCACGUGCAACUGGUACUUUUGACCUCAUUCCAGUGGUUUAAAUGCAAUUGACAGAACAUAUUGUUCCACAGCUAUUGUAUUGACCUGGCUCUCUCAUUGGUGCUGGGCCUCUCUCUACCUUUUUCUUCCGUUUUCUUUUCUUGGAGAAACUGAUUUUUUAAAGUCUACUGCUCAGAUAAGUCUAUCGUUUCAAGCUUUUUAGGAUGAGUUUAGCUUUUCACCAUUUACAAAUGACUGAUAUGUAUAUUUUUCUUCAUUGGACUAUAUAUUGUGUAUGGUUCUUCAGAACUACAUGUGGCUCUUGGGUUAAUGUCAAGAGAGACAUGUAGGAGAAUUAGCUUCAGAACUGGACACGAAGCGACACAUUUGAACUGACCAAACUUCUAUUGGAAAAUAAAUAAGUAGGCAUUGCUGAACAAUGCAGAAGGAGAAAAUACCUUCAAUUGAUAAAAAAAUUCAUAAAGGAAUUAAUAGGUUUGUCUCAAUUUGACGUUUUGUGCUAGAUGGAAACUGCUUUUGCACUGAUACAAAGAGCAUGUAAGGAGUAUGCAUUUAGCUUUGUCCAGUCUGCAACUAGUCCUCCUUUUUAUUUGCCUUUGCUAUACUUUGUAUUGCCAGAAAACCUCAUUUCAUUUAGGCUUUUUCUGCUUUUGUCAGGUGAGUAUUACACUAUGUAAUAUAUUUGUUUCUCUGUGUUAUCUUGGGGGUGCCUUGAAUACAACUGAAGUUCAUUGCAACCUGAUUCUGGAACAAAAGAGCUAGUUUAAAAGGAAAAAAAAGACUCAAUCAAGUUACCAAGACAUCCCCAUAUUUACAUUCUAGACCUAACAUAUGACGACUCAGGCGUCAGAGUUUGAUGCUGCAGUAUAAAACUAUUAUUUUAUAUAUUGUGCAAGUAAAUUAUUCAAUGUCUUUCUAAGGAUAUAUGCUGCUUUAAAGAUGCACUAUUUUAUUUUUAUUUUUUGGAUCUAAUCCAUGUAUUUUUGUUCCCAAGGAAGUAAAAAAAAAUCAUUGGAUACACAAACCACUGUGAUUAGUAUUUACAACUGCUGUCUCUUUAAAAAAAAAAUAGUGUGGACGUUGGAUAAAACUUAGUGUAACAGAUUCAGCUGCUGAUAAUAUGGUGGUUAAGGGUUACAUUCAACUCAUGUCCAAGCUUUUAAUUUCAAAAGCUUUGAUAAAUACCCAGCAUACUUAUAUAGGCAGGUUUUUUAAGAAAAAGAAAGAAAAACAUUCAGCCAUUUUGUUUUCACCCCUGACAGGAGUUCUGAACACUGUGAUAUUCAGCAGGUGUGGUUUUUCUCGUCAGUGCAUUGCUGUGAUGAGAAAAGCUACAUCUGUGGAAUUUCAGUUUUCCUCAGAGCUCUUAAAACAAAAAUGAAUUCUUCCCUAGAUGGAAUAUGGUAAGCAUUGUGACAAACUGCUAUAUGUUUGGGGUUUUUUAAGUUUGUAUGCCAGAGUCAGAAUAAUUCUAAAAUAAAGAGACCUCCAGAGCCUUUAAUCUUAUUCCACCAUUUUAUCUUCAUGGGUGUCUUUUAAAAAUAAAUAGAAAUAAUACAUGUAGGUUUAGCCGAUGAAGCUAGAAUGUUCCUUGAGCAUCUGGCCUAAUGGGUAGUAUUGAUAAGCCUAUGCAAGCCUCACCAACCCAGCUCAAACCAAUGACUCCAAGAGGUAGUCUUCACACACAAAUAAUAAGGUUUUAUGUUUAUUUAUCCCCUUAUUUUUGUUACAUCAGCUUAAUUGUGUACCCGUUUUAAAAUUCUAUUUAGAGAAGGGGGAUAGGGACAAAAUGAAAAGGAAAAAAAAAGGAUUUGAUGUAGCCUAAGGGAAACCUUGCUAAAAUGUGGUAGCUAAUUUCUAUCUCCAGUAUAAAAUCAGUGUGUGUACUUUUGCUUGUUUAUACUAUGUAUAUUUAUAAUAUUUGAAUUAUUUCAAGACUCAGGCAUCAAAUGAUGCUGCAGAAUAGAGUUGUACAUGUACAUAUGUUAAGUCCAUUCAAACAAUUUUAUGUAUAUUAAAAUCUAUAGUUUGGUGGAUUGUAGACUACUAAUAAAUUAUUAUAAUUUUCUCUGGAAGUUAGAAUGUCAUUGCUUGCCGUGUAAAAGAAUUACAGUAUUUUCCUACACUCCACCAAUAUUAUAUAUUAAAAAAAAACCCAUUAAAACUAGUGAUAUGUGUUUGUUUUUAAAUUAUAAUACUCAUAUGGUUCUACCAUUGUGAUGGAAACCACUUUUCCGGUGGAGCGUUAAUUAUUCAAAUUCCCUUCUCAAACUUAAAAGAAAAAUUUUAUGACUGGUUUAAAUACCUUUUAUUGUUGGACAUGUCAUUAACUCUAUUACAACAUCAGCUCUAUUAUAGAAGUCCAGUUUACAUACAAGUUUAGACACCUAUGCAGUGUGGUAAUUGAUAUGUACAUUUGUGCAGCAUGUUUGCUUCCUUUUUGAUAGAACUUAUUCCCGGCUAAGUGUGCAUAGGACUGCAACCUUUGGAACUGAAAAGCUUAAGCAGUUUGGUCAGAAAUUGACUUUUUUCAUUGCUCAGAGUUUGAAAUGUGACUCAGUUUCUCAUUCUGGAAUUAGUUAUCCAUUGAUUUGAAGGAAUUUUGAGUCAGAAACUCAGCCUAGGAUUUCCCAUAGCACUCUGUCUUAAUAGGUCAGUUCAGAUUUGGAGAGCCAUCCUGAGUAUCUAGCCAGGAUUUCCCCACCCACCCCACUUAACCAUAGAAUUGUGUGUUGUUUUGAAAGCAAGUUUAAGCUCUUACAUUUGCAAUGUCACAAAAAGAGAUGAUGUGUGCUUCAGAAACUUGUAUAUUUACUGCUUGUGAUAUGACUGAAUAUAUCUGGAUCCCUCCAAUCAGAAAUUAUGCUAAACACUUUGGAGAUCUUUGGAUGCUUGAUUUUUGCCAUUCAAUUCAAGGGUCAACUUUUUAUUUCAAGGGUGGAGAACACCCCAAGAGUUUGUUCCAGAACCAGUGGGAUACAAGUGCACCUCUACUAUAUGCCUUACAAACUUCAGAGGCCAUAUUCAAAACAGGGUUUUUAUCAGUGUAUGCAAGGGGAUGCAAUCCCUCUUCUCUUCCUCCCCAGGUCAGACAGUAUGGACAGUUUUCACACAUAUCUACCUGUAUAAUCCUCUGUACCUCUCAUAACUGGUCAAUGACUGUAACAAGUUGCAUCAGGUGUUUUUCUAUAUACUUUUUACACAGAUUCUAUGCGAUUAAUGUAACUUAAUUCAAUGCAUCAUUUUAUUGUACUAGUUCUUAAGCUUGUCUAUUAUUUUUUUUCUAGGUGACUGUGGUUUCUUGUGAUUUAUAUUGUAUAAAUGAAAUGGCUGUUGAUGCUUAUUCCUUGUUACUAAGAAUUUUUACCUUUUUGGAGAAAAAAACAGCAUUGCUAUGAACUAAUAAAUUUAAGACUUCAUUUACUCAUUGUAAAUACAGUAUCGUGCAAAGAAAAAGAAAACCCUUUCCAUUCAUUUGAAUUGAUAGUGUUAACUGAAUUUUGUCUAGACACCAUUUCUGUUGAUGAAAUAAAGACAUAUCAUUACGUAUUGUA